CGCCGGGCGAGAAGAGCUGCGAGAGCGCAGCGUUUCUGCACGCGAGCCGGUGGCGCAUUAAAUUGCCUGCAGCCAAUCGCCGGUUUGGAGGCUGAGCGACUGAAUUGCAACCCCAGUCUACACUGGUGGGCGCUUUUCCUCGCCUGCCCGGCUUGCCUUGGGCCCGGGUCCUCCUGCCGGCGAGUGACGCUCUAGGCUGCGUUCGUCCGCUCGCUGCUCCCAGCGUCCCCGGCCGGAGCUGGACUUGGGGAGAAGGGGCGGCGGCGGCGGCGGCCACUCUGCUUCCCCCGCUGCUGACGGCUCCCUCCGCGCCUGGAUAACGCCGCAGGUACGGAAUAAUCUCCCCUCUCUGCCCACGGCCAGCCUGCGCGGUAUCCCUAGGCCAGGCUCUCGGUCAGGUCCCGGGUCACCCCAUCCCCUCCCCAGGACAGCAAGCCUCCCCUCUCCCCGCACCUGUCGUAUCUCCUCCACAGCCCAGUAUUCAUUACCAUUAUUCAUUGCUGUUAUUUAUUACCCUCCUUUUCAAGUCACGGUCCCCCCCCCCAAAUACACGGGCACCUCGCACGCUUGUUUUCCUCGUGUGCUCACGUGCAGCCUCUCAGGGGUCGCCUCCCCCCAAUAAUCUCCCUCCUCCCUUCACCAUCUAUCUCCCAGGGCUUGCAUCCUUUUUCAUGGUUUUUCUUCACCUCUCAGCCAUUGCACUAUUAAUGCCAGGUAGUCGUCAGUCAAGCAAACACCUCGCUCCCUCGCAUGCAAGUGAUGAAUCACUGUAGUUGGUGUGGUACUCUGUAACUCUCUGUGACGCUGCUCUCACUGGUUGUGUGAAGGCGUCUUGAGGGUUUUUCCUGCUUUCCUAGACUAAACACUGAAAGCGGUUGGUGGAGCCCUUUUUUUUGCAUAGCAGGAGUACAUUUUACCUGCCCUCCCCAGCAGAAGGGUGGCAUUUAGGAUGUUCUGCAUCUUUCUUCCUUGUCAAUCGCCUUGUCUUGCUUUGGCUUUUAAUAUUUCCUUUCACUCAUCUCUUGUGUAUUGCUGCCUUUUUCACAAAUGCUUUAUCGUCGGAUGUCAGGACCGAUAUUGGAUGCUGAGCCAGUUCCUUGGGUUGACUGGCAGUUGCUCUCUAGGAUUUGGAACUAGUUAAGCAUGCUAAUUUUUCAAUGUUUAGCAAGAAGCAAGUCCUUUUAAGACAUCACAAAGUUUGCAUACGGCUGCUCCAGGUAUAGUGGGAAGGGAAGCUAACCUGUGAUGGUUCAUGAGCUCUGAAGAAGCAGAAAAGAAUAAAAGGGUUUUCAAGCAAGGUAUGUAUGGCUCGCCAUGCAAUCCUAUGCAUAGCUACAUACUCUUAGUGAAUUCAAUGGGACUUACUCCUAGGUAGGUUUAUAUCGGAUUGCAGUUUCAGAUAUGUUUUGGAUUGGAAUGAUACAAGUGGUACCAUUUUUCAUUUAUAUCUAUAUAUCUAAAUAAAUAUAUAAGCACUUUUGGGAAACUUGCCUUGAUAACUGUGAUGAGUGCAUUACAGAUGCUAAGUACAGUAGUGUAAAGGCCCUUGGCUAAAAGCAAUAAAUAUGGCUGACAGUCAUCUCCUAGGCCAGGCAUCCCCAAACUUCGGCCCUCCAGAUGUUUUGGACUACAAUUCCCAUCUUCCCCGACCACUGGUCCUGUUAGCUAGGGAUCAUGGGAGUUGUAGGCCAAAACAUCUGGAGGGCCGCAGUUUGGGGAUGCCUGUCCUAGGCUCAGAAUAAUUUAUGCAAAUUAGUCAGAUUUCAGGGGUCAGUCUUUCAAAUGAUUUCUACUUUUUCUCAAGGGUUUUGGUGGCAUAAAGCAGGAAGGAAGGGGAACCAAGACUGGGCGACAGUGGAAUUGGGGUGCAGGUAAAGUAUCCAGGGCCCAGAAACUCUGUUAUUCUGAUCAUUAGAAACCUCACAUAUUAUUAUUUUAAUGGGCAAAACUAGAUUUGAAUGGUAUAAAAAAUAAGCCAUUUGUACAUUGCUGAAAACCAUUGACUUGGAACCAAUUGGACUUCUCUGUGAGGUGGUUUGUUUGUUUUUUUAAAAAAAUGAGUUGUGUAUCUUUCAGCCAUGGCUUUAAUGGGAAUGCAGUUCUGAUUUAUAACAUGUGCAAAUUGAAACUGUACAUGGAAAGCUGCCCUUAGUGUCCAGUAAAUACAAUCAACAUAGUUUCCAAAUUUUCCUUGGAGCCAUGAGGGUUUUACACAAAACCACUGCUGUGAUUCUCAACUCCAAUUUUUGCAGUAGCUAACCGUUAAAUAAUAGAAUUGUAAUGUUGGGAAGGUCCCUGAGGGUUAUCUUGUCCAACCUCCUGCAAUGCAGGAAUCUCAACUAAAGCAUCCACAACAAAUGACCAUCCAACCUUUUAAAAAUGUCCAAAGAAGGAGAGUCCACCACCUUCCGAGAGAGUCUAGUCCACUGUCGAACAGCUCUUACCAUCAGAAAGUUCUUCCUGAUGUUUAGUCAGAAUCUCCUUUCUUGUAACCUGAAUACAUUGGUUUGGGUCCUACUCUCCAGAACAGGAGAAAACAAGCUUGCUUCAUAUUCCCUUUAGAUACCGGUAUUUAGAUGUUAGAUAACCAAUUCUGUAAUCUUACAAACCCAGAUAAUAUGCAAGAACCCUGAGUAUAUCCUUCGCUUGUGGUCUGCUUGAGAGCCAUAUAAUUAUUUGAAAUUAUCAUUACAGUAGUUCAGUGCUAGUGAACUCUACAUCUGCUUUCAGUUUUUGCAAAUACAACCAGUGAAACAAGAAAAGGUGGUUCAGUUAGGUGUCAAAAGCAAAUGUGAUGUCUUGACAUCAGUGUUUGUUUGUGUAUAGGGUAAAGGUAAAGGUAAAGGUAAAGGGUGGGAAAGUGAAUAUUGAAAGAUGUAUUCAGGAACAUGAAAUUGAAAUAGGUAGCAAAUAAAACACUUAAUUUCACUACCAUAGAUCAACUGACUUUAAGAUGUAUUUUACAUCAUUUGUUUUCUGAAAAGGACUCAUUUAUAUACAGGUAUUCAGAACAGAUUGUCUGCCAAAAAAGAAAUUCUUCUCCCACUGGGAGAUGGGAAGUGUUUCCCCCCCAGAAGUUCCUGGGGAGCAUUUUGAGAGUGGGAUGGCUCCUCCCAUCUUGCAAGCCAAGGUUAAGGAAACUUGGUUUUUGUUAGUGCAUUGUAGCAUGGAACCAUGGUUAAUGCCGGGAAGAAAAUAAGGAAAUUGUUUGCAGGAAACAAAUGUUAAUUAUCUACAAGACUGAAGUGUUUGAAGACAGUUUUUAACUGUGUCUUAAAAUGAGCAAGGAACUUUGUUGGGUGCUAGACACAUAACUGUUGCAUACAAGUUCCGUAAUAUGAAUUUAUGCUUGAAUAUACUACAACUUUGACUGAUGAGACCUGCUUGUGUUGUUGCCAGGUCCCCUCUCAUUACUCCACUGGGUAGUUGACAGCCUUUUAAUCCUAAAUAUAAAUUGGGAACUUUGAAAUACAGUGGAACCUCAGUUUUCGAACAUCUCAGCUGCUGAGCGUUUCGGAAGCUGAAUGCCCCAAACCCAGAAGUGAAGGCUUCCAUUUUCAAGCAUGCCUCGGAAGUUGAAUGGCUUCUGAGGCACAUUUCUCAUUUUUUCCCCAUUCGCUUUGCCGACAGCUCUUUGUUCCUCGGUUUUCGAACAUUUCGGAAGUCAAACGGUCUUCUGGAAUGGAUUACGUUCGAAAACCGAGGUUCAACUGUAUAUAGAUUGCCCAGCAUUUACACACCUGAGUGCUUAGUGCGGAUGACUGUCUGUUUUCUUUCCUAUAUACAGUCAUACCUCAGGUUACAGACACUUCAGAUGGCGCGUUUUUGCGUUGUGCACCGUGCCGAACCUGGAAGUAGCGGAAUGGGUUACUUCCGGGUUUCGGCGCAUGCGCAAAAGUGCUAAAUCACACUUUGUGUAUGCGCAGAAGCGCCGAAUCACUACCCACGUGUGUGCAGACACGGCACUGCGGGUUGCGAACGCUGUGGGUUGCGAAUUUGCCUCCCACACGGAUCACGUUCGCAACCUGAGCGUCCUCUGUACGUUGUUUGUGUUUGCCUUUAGGUAUGCUGUUCUAUAUUAGAAAUUUGAUUUACUUUUUAUAGGAAUAUGCGUUACAGAUUUACAUUCUCUAGGACUGGUAGAUCAUUAAUGUUCUUUAGGUUAAGACCAGCGUUUCAUUUUGAUCCUGGCUGUACGUACGUACGUACGUACACACACACACACAUUGUGAAAGCCUGUUAUACUUUAAAUUUCAUUUUAAUUUUCACUUAAAACCUACUUGAUAUGCUUUGUAUGUUGUUGUGUUAAGAUAAUUUUACAGCAAGCUUUAUGUCUGAGGCAAGCUACCAUAUAUUAAUUAACAUGAUGACAGAGAAAAGGGAAGUGUAUCAUUAUGAAGGCACUUCCUGUUGCAUAGGUUGAGUUCUGUUACGAUGCAAUGGGAACUCUUUCCUGUGCUGAUCCCGUGGGAAAUAGCUGCCAGCAGAACAAUUUUAAAGUAGCAAUCACCUGUAAAUAUUUUGUGUGGAAGCAACUUAGAGGUUUCAAUAAUAAAUAACAUUUUGAUACCUUUUAUCAGCUUUCAGUUGUGAUGCCACAUCCCUUGAUGUUUUUAGUGAUGAAUCAACUAAAUUUGUUCUAAAGGAGUUGAUAAUGUUUCACUUGAAAUUCAUUAGCAUGUCACAACCCUACUAUUCCUCCUUACAUGCUAGGUUGAGACUGGUGCGCUUUGUACAUGAUGCCACUGUGAAAAAUAUUCUGAGUCAUGUUAAGGGUAUAACCUGAAGAGCUUCUCUGUAAGAUACAGUAGUGAUGUUUGUUGUAUAUUAAUUGGUUACAGAAUGUUUGGCACUUCAUGCCUGUGCAAAGGAAAUGUAAUUUACAGCCAAGCCGGAGGCAGCAGGAAAAACAGCCAACAAAAACAUGGAAGACAGGUGAAGGAUGGCACAGUUCCUCUGAAGCUGUAGGCAACUUCUUGACAUCCUGGUUACCAUGACACCCAGCAGAGGACUGUGGGGGGAAAGUGGGAAUUCCUCCCCUCCCCUUAAAUGCUACUAAUGGCCAUGGCUGGGAUUUGCCUGGUGUGCUGACAUCAUGGGGAGUUGCUGUAGCUGCCCAUGCAGAGACAGUGUUCCAGAUCACCACCCCACCAAGUUUAAGGUGACAAAUGUCGACGAUGAGGGCAACGAGCUGGGCUCGGGGAUUAUGGAGUUGACACAGAGGGAGCUUGUUUUGCACACACACAAACGCGAUGCUGUUCGGUGGCCAUACCUCUGCUUGCGUCGCUAUGGCUAUGACUCCAACCUCUUCUCCUUUGAGAGUGGGCGCCGAUGCCUGACUGGCCAGGGAAUUUUUGCAUUCAAGUGCUCAAGAGCAGAGGAGAUUUUCAACUUGCUGCAGGAACUGAUGCAGUGUAACAGCAUCAAUGUGGUGGAAGAGCCUGUUGUCAUCACAAGGAACAGUCAUGCUGCUGAACUGGAACUGCCCCGGACACCCCAGACACCCAAUACUCUCGGAUAUACAGUUCCAGGGUUUCCCAAUGGAUUCCACAGCUUCCCUGUGGAGGCCUCAUCCUGCCCUGCCGCGAGACAUGCCUCCAUGGGCAGCCUAAGGCAUUCCUCAGUUGGCGAGGACUCCACACAUGCCCUCAUUGUCCCUGAUGAGCAAUCCCACACCUAUGUGAACACAACCAGCGGUGAGGAGGAGAUGAGGGGCCGCCACUGCAUGCACUCCUUGCCUGAAGUCCACCCUCCUGUUUCCCACCCCAGCCAUAGCUGCUCGCUAGAGGACCGGAACCCCCAGGUUUACUUACAGCCAGGGGAGGUGAAGUUCAUGUUGGGUCCUGCCCCUGGGUACAGGCACAUGAUGAAAUGCGACGGCUUCUGCCGGCCCCAUUGGGAGUGCGCAGGGCAUAUGUGCGCCCCCAACAACAACAACAACGAAUGCAAAGACGAAUGCCUCACCCCCAAGUAUGUGUACGAGAACAUCAACGGCCUCCUGCCAUCUCGAGGUGCCUUGCUUCGCCGGGGCACCAGGCGCUUGAAAAUUGCCCGUGAGGAUCUGAACCCCCCCGGCUGCUCUCACCGCCGGGCCACCCUGCUGCACUAUGAGAACCUGCCUUCGCUGCCGCCCGUGUGGGAGUGCCAGCCGCUAAGGCAGGACCAGGAGGAGGAGGACUCUGGCGAUGCAAUGACACCUUCCCCCAACGGUUACCCAGAACUCGAGGAAGACGACCCUUUGCAGAACUACAUGAACUCGGAAAGCGCUGUGCUGCAGGGGGGCCUGCGCAGGGGGGGCUGCUUGCAGCGGCGCCGCAGCUGCACGCCCAACGUCUUCAAUUUUGACUUCCGCCGGCCCUGCUCAGAGCAGCCAAGGCAGCUCAACUACAUCCAGGUGGAACUGGAGGACGACCCCCACAAAGGGUGCCGGAGCACACCAGUCCCCUGUGCCUCACGUACGUCUGCCGCCCACCCAGCCCGUAGGACGGAUUCCUAUGCGGUCAUUGACCUCAAAAAGACAGCAGCCAUGUCCAACCUGCAGAGGGCGCUGCCUAGGGACGACGGGACUUCCAGGAAAACGCGGCAUAACAGCACUGACCUGCCUCUCUAGGAGGAAUGGCCGGCCUGAGCACCGCAUUGUGGCUUCACACCUGCUCUUCAACUAAUCAUAGCAUCAUUGCCAUCUUCCCAUUGCUCCUCCUGUUUCCCAGUGCGAUUCACUGGGAUGGCUCCAUCAAGCUAACUUGAGAAAUGUAGCCUAUUUGUGCCUCUUCCCAGCCCCCCAUUUCUCCUGCCGUGUAGUUCUUGAAGUCUUGCCAAGUGUUUGAAAACUUGACUUGUUUGAUAGCAGGGAGGGGGGAGCAUUAGUGAUCAUGCUACUUGUUCUCCCCUCCCCUGCACCUUUAUAUAGGAAUCAUGUUUGGAAAGCUUUCCUGUUUCAUCGGAUCCUCUUGAGGAUCCUACUGACAGAAUGUGGGGUUUUUUUAUGAAAAGCAAAGGAAUAUUGCAAAGAAGUGGGGGAAGAAACACUUCCAAAAACAGUACAGGUAGGGCAUGAGGGCUAGAAAGUUUAUACCUUUUUAUUUUUGAAGGAAUGCAGAAAUAUAUUUAUUUUUUAAAUUCAUGUUAAUUUUAUUUAUUUAUUUACUUGGGAGGUGGGGGGUUUCCUCUAUUUAUUUAUUUAUUUAUUUAUUUAUUUAUUUAUGUCUGUCUGUCUGUCUGUCUGUCUGUCUGUCUGUCUGUCAAGAGUUGAAGUGCCAAGUAAAUAUAGAGUAUAAUGACUUUGUAGUUCAUUCUUCUUUUGUGACAUUGGGGAUGGGGGAGGUCAUUUGAGGAGGAUCGCAUCCACCCUCCCCCCCCACCUGCCAAUUGAAGGCCAAAUAGUGGCAGUAAGGAAGGAAGGGAUUUAGUCUAGCAGACUAGCGCAGCUCCUUUGCAGAAGUUUGGAAAUGAACGCAAGGAUGAUCCUAGCACUGCGUACUUACAAAGUUGGUUCCACAUGCCGACAAAUCUGAUCUUGUAGCUCAAGUUCCUUUCUUAUUGAAUGUAAUACACAUCUCUCCAUCGUUGCAGCAAAAAAGAACCAUGGGACUGUAAAUUGUCAACCCCUAACAAAAGCCCCUAACAAACUUUUCAACACUGCCUUGCUAGUAGCUCCGCAGAAACUUCCCAAGAAGCCAACCUUCUUAUAGUAGUGCUAGGGAGGGAUGUGGAUUUAGGGGGCAGCUCACUCUUUUUCUGGUGUCCUUUGGAACUUCUCUCCCUCCACCUCACCUGAUUGUGUGCCCAUUUCUCAAUUCCAGCAGCCUUUGUGACCCCUUCACACUGCUUCUUUGAAUACUUUGGUGGAUCCCAGCCCACCUUUUGUGGAUAUUCGGCGUCUAAAUAGAGCUUUUUGCAUAACUUUAUUGACAAGCACCGCUUUGUUUCACUGUGACUGCCGGGGCUGGUUUAGACUAAAAAUAACCCUACAGUAGGGAAUGUGAUUGUGGCCAUUUCUUUUUGCUGCUGCAGUUCUUCCCCCAGAGGUGGCUUUUCCGGAGAUAACUACAGUCCCGAGAAGCUGUUCAGCUUGAUGGACUUUGUGCCCCUGAAGCCACUGGAAAAGCUCAGUAUGUCUGAAGCCACUGGGAAAGUUCAGUAAGCCAAACAUGAAGGUAUUUUAGAGCUUCUGGAAGCUGCUUCAUGGGUACUUUUUCUUAACUACUGUCUUGCAGACCACUGUACUGUUUCUUUUUUGUCAGUCACCAUAUUUUCAUAUUCAGGGGAAGGGUCCUUAGCUCAGUGGUAGAGCUCAUGUCUUGCAAAGCAUCAGUCUGUGGCAUCUUCAGGUCGGGCUGAGAAAGGUUUUGAGAGCCGCUACUGGCAAGUCCGAGCCAGACUGAUGGUACACAGCUGUUUCCCAUGUUCUUAUAGUCCACAGCUUCCAUGUGGGAAGCUGUGUGAAAAGCUUAUAAACUAAGGCCUGUGCACACACUACUGUUUCCUCUGGCUCCAGCGCACUCCACCCAUUGUUGUUUGAGGCUCAGUGCACAUGGCGUUAGCCACAUUGAACAUGCAUCCUGUGUUUCCCCAAGAAAUGCCUCUGUUUGAUGUGUUUCUCCUCAAAUCAGCUUCCAUCCAAUUUAGUUUAAGCCAAGAUGUGCACAGUUCAGACAGCUGUUGCGCAUGCACAGAGGACAGCACAUGCGCAGAUGAGCGCUUCCUGGAAUAGGAGUCCAGAGGGGUUGCAGGCAUGGGGGGGGGGAACAAAUCAAGUACCACUGAUUGGGUGAUGGCACUCCUGACGCUGCUCUAGUGUGUACAAGAAGUGUAAAGGCAACUUGAAAUGCAGCAGGGGAAAGCGACCUUGCUGUGUCUUUAGCUGCUCCUGCGUACGGACCCUCUUGCUCCAUACAAGCUAUUGUUCCCCCGCUCACUCCCCUUCGAACAUCUUGUCUUUCCCACUUCUGUGUGAAUACAGCCAGUGAAGAUGUUUGUCAGUCAGUGUACUGGGAUUCGAGACUGAUUGUAAUAUCGCAGGUGCCACGUGAGACGUCACCUUGGAUGGCUUGCAUGGGGCGGCUGCUCCACAUGGCUUCAGCAGGGCAGAUGACCACAGUGGCGGUGCCAAAUCUUCAGGAUUUCCCCCUUGUUGCAUCCAUUGCAGUCUCGUGGACCACAGUUUAAGAACCACGGGUGUAGGGGGAAGGGGAUCCCACAGUUAAGGUGGACAGUCUAGUCAGGAAGGUGCUUGGAUUUAUCUUAAAGAUCACAAUGGAACGUAGAGAUGGAUGUGCUAAAUUUUAGAGCCCAAACCGAGAUUUCUUUUUGGUGACAAGAGUAAAACAGCAUGAAGAAUCGUUGCAAAUAGGUUUUAUUUUUUUCUAAAAACAUUUCAAUGCAAAGUUUGUUUUUAAGGCAAAGGGCCAUCAGUAGCCUUUCUUCUUACCUCAUUUUGUACCGUUUCACUAUUGAAUAUAGUAUGAGAAAGUGAACAAGCAACCAAAGUGAGACCUGUGAGUUUUGUUGUCGGGGAAAGACUAGGCACAUGCUCUGCAUGCCCUUUCAAUAGUCUUUCUUCUUACCUUAUUUUGUACCAGGUUUUUUGUUUUUGUUUAAAAUAAAGUUGUGGGGAAAUCUUAUUACCCCCAGCAUGAUUAAGGCAGGUUUAACUCUUAGUAUUGAUCUGCCCUUUGGAGACACAGACUGAAUCAGUUGCAGUGAAACAAGCAGAGUGGGCUGCCACCUAGUGUUGUCUUUCAGAAGUGUAUGUCCCUUUGUCAUCAACUCUUCCCAUAGCCUGCCUGUUAAUUUUUUAGUAGAUCUACAAGCACUCUUUGCACAGCCACUGACGCAAUGGAACGUGGUGCUCUUCCGAUCUUUUUGACCAGAAGUGCUAGGGAUUCCACAUUCUCCCUUGACAAAAGCUCAUUAAUACAGUGGUGCCUCGCUAGACGAAUUUAAUUCGGGUCAAUUCGUAUAACGAAAAAUUUGUCUAGCAAAUCCCAUAGGAAUGCAUUGGAAAAAAAUAUAUUAUUUUUUUGCCCAUAGGAACGCAUUAAUUGAAUUUCAAUGCAUUCCUAUGGGAAACCACGAUUCGCUAGACAAAUUUUUCGUAAAAUGAAUUUGUCUAGCGAGGCAACCUCCACUAGAAAAAUCUCUUCGUUAAGCGAAAAAUUCGUCUAGCGAGGCACCACUGUAGGUCCAUGAUGGGCACAAAUUCAACAGGUGCAGCUUCCCCCAUUAUAGAGAUGAGUGAUGGAGAAAGCUACACAUCUGGGAUAGCUGCCUGCUGUAGACCUAUUUGGGACAGACUUUCCUCCAUCACAAAAAAGAGGCCGGGGUGGAGGGAAGGAUGAUAAUUCUAAAGAGAGCCAAAAAUUGGUCUUAUAAAUAUUGAUAUUAUAAAAAUGGAUCUUAAAUAAUUGCAAUUUUCCCAGCCACAUGUGGGACCUUUCUACUCUUCCACAUAAGCCCGGAGCUUUUAAUGAAAACUCAUGGAUAAUCUAUUUAAUAUAGAUUCAGUUCAGCCCUUGAUCAGCUUCCACAGCAUGAAAUCAGAUGCAUUUGGUUCUAGUAGUAGGCCUCAUCAAGUCCAGCUUGUGACAAGAAAAUACUUUCUUUGUUUCCUAAUCAUUUUUGUGUUGUUUUUCACGCAGUGGGUUGUCUUUGACCUUUUGAUUUGCACAUAUUUGCCUUGCUUUUAAACAACCAUUGACAAAAUGUGGCUCAAGGGUGCAAGUGGAGCUUAUUUUCUCUCAUUUGUUACAUGUGCCAUGCUAGCCUUAAUUAAUAAAGCAAACGGAAGAAAAAGGCCUUUCCCCCCCUUUUGUAAACCAGCUGCUGUGCUGCCCCAUCUCUGGAUAUAAGGUGCUCAGCAUCCCAAGUGGAUGCUUUUAAAGCUCUAUCUGGUGCUAUGAGAAAGACAAUUAAGUUCAACGCAAUGCUUUGGUCAACUUCCAAGGCAAUGUCCUAUUCUGUCCUAACUUGGAUCGCCACGUUCCCCUCGCCCUGCAGAAACCCUAUGCUUUUAGCAACAGUGUGUCAGGCAAUCUCCCCCCCCCCCCAAGUAUAGCUUUUCUUUGCAUGGCCAAUGUAGAAAGCUGUGGUUAUUUAUUGCCUCCCACACAACUGGUAAAUGCACUGAGUCUCCCUCUGUUGGAUGGGAUGAGUAGGGAGGGAAAGUAAAAUGACAACCUUAGACUACCUAUGGGUUUAUGACUUCUGUGAUCUCAUCCCCAUGUUAGUCUGUAUAGUCUGCAUCAACUUUGUCUCAUAGUGGGGGGAACAAUAAUCUGUAAUCUAAGGGGAUCUCCCAGCUUGCUGCUUUUCAAACUUUUCUUAGUCUUAUAGCUUCCGGAACAUUAUAUCCAAAUCCCUUGGGUAGUAAAAAUCAGCAUUUAAAAGAGGAGCCUUAGUGGGUAUGUAUGUUUACCAUUACAAUGUCCACACCAUUUCUCAUGAGGCUGGAGCAGGAACUACAAGUUGUGAAGCUGAGUAAUGGUGGCACCUACUCACUUCAUAGGGGUAUUAUGAAGAUUAACUGGUGUUUACAAAGGGUUUGAGCGACAUAAGUGCCAAGAAUAGUUACGACUGAAGUUAGUUUGUAUGUCAAAUGUAAUCUCUGGUUGGUUGUGACUUUGGUUUUGCAGCCAGUGUGAAAGGGCUGUCCACAUACCUCUUAAUUCCCAAUAUACUUGCCAUUGCUCCAUAAUGGGUGUACCUGUACUCUUGCUUGGGGAGUCAUCUUGUCCCUUGUGGAAGAAGGGGUGACUAUUUUUUAUUUGCAUUCGUAACUUUUCUUAACAUUUGCCCCCAACAAUUUUGCUUAUAUUUUCGCGUGGCUUGUUGACCCUUUCUUUAAUUGCUGGAUUGCAUAAAAGCAGAUUGGCACUGUCUUCUUAACAGCUGUGCCAAUGACACAAGGUGCCAUUUUCUCUUGUUCUAGUGGCAAGACAACCUGCAUCUGCUAGUACAGGGCUGCGGGUGGCGCUGUGGGUUAAACCACUGAGCCUAGGGCUUGCCGAUCAGAAGGUUGGGGUGAGCUCCCAUUGCUCGGUCCCUGCUCCUGCCCACCUAGCAGUUUGAAAGCACGUCAAAGUGCAAGUAGAUAAAUAGGUACUGCUCCGGCAGGAAGGUAAAUGGCAUUUCCGUGCGCUGCUCUGGUUUGCCAGAAGCGGCUUAGUCAUGCUGGCCACAUGACCUGGAAGCUGUACGCCGGCUCCCUUGGCCAGUAAAGCGAGAUGAGCACCGCAACCCCAGAGUCGUCUGCGACUGGACCCUAACGGUCAGGGGUCCCUUUAACUUUACCUUUACAGGCAGUAAAGGCACAGGUGUUCUGUUUCCUAGGGAUUGUGGCCACCUCAUCACGGUGUUCUCUCAGGAACUUUAACCUCUGGACUUCUGUGAAAAUAUGCUAAAUUCCUACAGCUACUUUAGGAGAAAGAAUCUAAACAGUUAGCUAAGGAAGUUACCAGAUUGGCAUAUGCGAGCCAGUGACUAGGAUGAGUGAGGGGAGGAAUUGGGGAGGAAUCUUGUUACAUAAAGGGGAUACCAUUUCCUCUGCAAGUGAUUCAUUUUGAAAAGCCCAGCUUUAGCUAGGCAGAUCUCAAGCUUUUACCCUGUGCAGUUUUCUUCAUAGUUAACUAGUACUGAUGUCUUUGCUGACUAUCUGAUGUGGCAGGAAAGCAAAGGCACUUGGGGAUGCCCAGCUGCUCUGGCCACAAAAGCUGCUCUGUGGUUUGUUUCUUCACUGGUUCCUGUUGUGUAUCCUCCAUUCAUUCUCUCUCUGUAUCUCAUCCGAUCGUAUCCUUCAAAGCAAAUAGCAUUAGCAGUGCCAUGUGAUUGAGGAGCGCUCGUGUCUUAUUUUAAUGUGCACUACGAAUGUACCCAAAAUAAAUGAAAUCUGAUUACUA